AUGGCUACGGCUAUUUCGCCAUUUGCAUCUACGAAAGAAACUACCAACUAUGCAAGGCUAUGCCGCCUCCUGGUGGAUGUUGGAUCUCAGGUGCUUCGGUCCACUUUUGACAAAAUACAUCCUCCAGCGACUCUACAUACAGUUUUGGGAAGUACCUCAGUGCAUUACGCCACAUUACACUCACUUUACAGAGGGAGGAAGAAAGUGCUGAAUCCCACGCAAUGGGGAAAUUUGUACCCCACUCACGCACCCGUGUCUUCUGCAGCCUUCGAUAUCACACUUCUAACGGUGCUUCUUAGAAAUAUCUGUGGUUUGGGCCCUCCUGCCAAUGGAUGGGAUCGUCUUCCCCUAGCUGCAAACAUAGGCAUCGCAGAUGACAUCGCCAGAGUUAAAUAUUACAGGAACACUGUAUACGGCCAUGCUUCUCAAGCCUCUGUGGAUGACAGAAGUUUCAGUGCUUACUGGCAGGAGAUACGAGAAGCUUUGGUGAGACUGGGAGGAGCUCAUUUUAGAGCUGAAAUCGAUAAUCUUGAGCACGACUGCAUGGAUCCAGAUAUCGAGGAGCAUUAUCGUGAACUGAUGAAACAAUGGAAAAAAGACGACGACAGCAUCAAAGACAAGCUUGAAGAAAUUGAAGGUACGAAAAACAUUGUCCAAUGCCAAUGUGAAUGAAUCAGAAGGCUUCAAAAGUAGAUAUUCUAGUUAACACGGCGGUGUAGGCUAGCUCAUUAUGUUUUCAUUUUGGUCGGAACUACUCUCAUAUUUGAAAGGUUACUAGCGUUAUGUGUGGAAAAUGAUGAAAUUACCCAAAUGUUGACAUUUGGCUGCUCGUGUACAACUUCUGGAGUGCAUUUUUGUGAUUUCUGGGCGUCUAAUUAAGUUUUGUCUAUUCUGAAUAGACUAGAUAUUGAUAUACGAAUCAUUGUUUUACCCGCACCUAAACGUGAGGCUGUGAUAUAAAUAUGCUCAUGAAACUGCGCAUACCUUUCGAAAUUUUCAGGUUUGCUGGAAAACAUGAGAAGCAUUAUGGAGAGAAACUUCAGAGGCACAACUGACAAGAUAGAGAUUGGAUUCAAAGAGGUGAAAGAAAAACUUAGUAGUCUGACGGCCUCAGUUGAAAAUCGCACACAAGAAGGUUAGUUGGUAGUAAGAGAUAUCACAGAAAAAAAUUAUUAAGAGCGACACAGCUCUUGUGCAUGGCGACAGUAAUAGCUGGAUGUCGGCCAACACAGCAUAUUUUAGUACUUUAGUGAUCUAAGAGCAUACCCUGGCCACCCCUCUCACUGGCCAUACAUGGAUAUACUAUGUAAUGUGUGGGAUGCUACGGAAAGUGAGAUAUUCUGCCCUGGCUAUCUCUCGGAUUUGAUGGUGUUUUGGCAGCACUCAUACAUAUGUAUGAUCGUGGGCGAGAUAGGUUAUCGUCUUUUUUUUCGUAUUACCUUUCUCAUUAUGAUCCUAACUUUCUAAUAGGGUUAGAUGUGACCCGCAUACUUCUCAAAAAAUAACAAAAUCCGUCCUCCCGUCAUAUUGUGGAGUAUUCAAUUCUACAUGGGAAAAUAUCCCUAUAAGCCGUAUCAAGAAAAGUGGCUUAACAUUGUUAAGAUCCUAAAUGGCCAUGUUUUAACAAUGGCGCAACAGCUUCGUUACACAUUGGGGAUUUGUCGAAGUUUCCGAUUAGCAUACGAGCGGGAAAUUUAAACGCCCGGAAAGACUAGAGGAAAAACAAUUUCUCCCUGGAGAGGGUGAUACUGGUAGGAUUCGUUCGGUUCAAAUAACGAUGAUGCGGGUAGGGGCGGCGGUUGCAUAAAGGUGAACAAUAUUAAAGCAUAGAAGGCGGUUGCUUACAGCUAUGAUAUCGCCACUGUUUGCUUUUAUCUUGCUUUAGACUGGCCAAAGAUAUAUCUAACUAUUUAUCCAGAGACGCACUAUGCUAGGCACUGACGAUGAGAGCAUGCAUUCAGUCAAGGAAGCGAGGCGUUCGCCACGCAGUCAUAAACUACGAGCUGUCCCUCUCUACUCUUUCCGGUCAUGAUUUUCCAAGCAGGCAGCGAAAAGAACUUUUGAGAGGAGAGAAUAGCAGCGAGAAAGUUGGAGGGGGAAACAUCCACUUUCUCGCUCGACGAACUAUCGAAUCACGACUUCGCUGCUCUCAGAUUUAUUUUUCAUUAUAUGAGAGCAGUUCAAAUCUCGCGCGCGCUACGCAAGUCAGACUUGAUUCUUUGUGUGCAUAGUAAGUAAUGGUAAUAGGACUGAGUGGAGUCCAAUUUGGUCUGUAACCAUACGAGUAAUAACAAAAUCGGACGACCGCGCAGCGGAAGUCCGAUUUGUUUAUCGCGAGUAUGAUAGUCAAACUGUCCGGUAAAAAAUUUUGCGAUUUGGCAAAAAAAAGUACGCAGAGAGAGGUUGAAAAUACAUCAACAACGUCAAAAGUACGCGAAUCUUUGAAAAUCGCAAAAAGUUUAAUUUUGAAACUCCCGCGAAAAUAGGAAACCAUUAGGUACGAGCAGUCAUUCGUGCGACAAGAACACUGGAGAGCGGAACUGCGUGAAAAUCUUGAGGUGGCCACUUUCCGACCACCAUUGGUUUUUACUUUUUUCGCUCGACGGACGAUUGAAUUGCGUCUUGAGUAAAAUGAGUUAGAAUAGGAUGCAUGUGGUUAUUUUACAUUUCCUGAGGAAAAGACUGUGGGCAAAACCUCCCACUUCAUCGCAGGCGAGCCUCCGGUUUUCUGCAGCAUUUUAGACGAAACCUCGUGACAAAGCAAGCAGAAAGGCGUUGUUUGGUUUUCAUUUAUUAGUUCGUAGUCUCGCUCUAUCCCGAAAAAGCCUUGCUCAGAGUACGGCUCUGAUAUGAAUAUUUAUCUCUCGAGUAAUUUAUUUUACGAUAGAGUUUCGCUGUCAGACACCACUCAAGCCGAACAAACAGAGUAGGUUCAACUGAAUUCAUGAUCUAAAUGGCUUUUAAUCAGUAAUCUUGAAUCAUACACUAAAACCUUUUUGCAUCGUCCAAGUAAUUUCUUUGGCAACGGUAUCGUACUCAUUCGCAUAUUUAAAUUCAGUGCCGAAUACCAGAGAGGGACCACAAUUUUCAACGCUGCAUUCAUUAGAUUUCUUACUUCUUUUGCUACUGCUAGGUGUUUUUGAUCCAACUGAGCUUAUCAAUGGAAUUCGCCAGCUGUACAAGACUCGCGAGGGAUGGCUCUCACCAUUUCCAUGGUGUGACGAGUUUCAGUUUUUUCUUGGCAAUAUUUUUACAAGGCUCAAAGUGGUCAGAAGAAAGAAAACGAGAGGAGAAAUCACUGACGUAUUUGUUGACAUGUCGUCAAUACUAGACCCGUACGAAGAGUGUUCAGCGCCGAGAACAGUGUUGAUUGAAGGAGAACCUGGUAUGGGAAAAACCACCUAUUGUAAAAAGUACGCCUACGACUGGGCCACCAAUAAGCAAGAACCUCAGGGCUGCGGCUCAACAGCAUUUAAAGUGGUAUUGUUACUGAAAUGUCGAGAUAUCCAUUCUGACGUUUGGGAAGCUAUUGAUGAUCAGCUUCUGCCCCGAGACAUCGAUGAAGAAGUCAAACAACAAUUCUUUCGUUUUAUUCGUGAAAAUCAGUCCAGCAUUUUAUUGAUAUUGGAUGGAUUGGAUGAGUUACCGUCCAGUAAAUUGUCGAUGUUUUCCGAAUUAAUUGAAGGAAGAGUACUCCCCAAAUGCCACAUAGUUGCAACAGCAAGACACGAAGCUGGAAAAGAGGUGAGAAAAUGUUGUGACGCGCUGCUUCAGAUCGAAGGAUUUACUGAAGAGCAUGUGAAAGGAUUUGUCACCAAGUACUUUAAAGAAAGGACGGAUUUAGUUAUCAAGCUCUCGCAACGGAUGUCGCGAGAUAAAAACCUGAGAGAAAUAGCGGCCAAUCCUCUAAACACAGCACUUCUUUGCCUUUUAUGCGAAGAGUUUGAGGGCACACUCCCCGAAAGCAGAGCUCAACUGUACUUGGAUAUGGUUGAAUGUGUUUUGAGAAGAUAUAAAAAAGGAAGGGACUACUAG